UCUUCACAACCUCCUGCCUCUUACGAGGUUACGAAUAACACUCUUUUCUCGGUAGCCUUGCCUACCGAUUCUUCAUCCCCAUGUCAAUUGGCUCUUCAAGUAAUCAACUCGAAUGAGCAAGCCGAAACUGAUUUAUCUCUUCAGCAAGCCAAUGGUGAUGGGUCGCAGAGCUGUCGGUAUCAGCAUCACUGUGAUCAUCGUCAUCAACAGCCUCAACUUAAACAGGAUCAACAAUGUCAAGGCCGUUACGAUUCCAGUCACCGGGAUGCAGAUAUGGCUUCCCAUACUGCCAGUAAGCAACCUGUCCAUCCAGAGUCUCGCUUGUCAAUGCCAGUGCGACCAGCCGCGGCCUGCAACGGCAGUCUGUUCGGGGCAAAGUCGGCCCGGCCGAAGAGCUGCUCAGAGGAGAACUCGAAAAGCUCUGUAGGAGGUGAGGUUAAAAGACAAGUAAAUGCGGCAGUGGGAAGAAGCAAUGUGCUGGGGGCAAUGUUAGAAACGAAUGGUACAGAAUAUCUGAGGCUGGCAGAUCCUAUGACGGUCCAGACGUUGCAGUUGCGACAACGAGGAACUCGCUGGCCAUUCUCGCCCACCUGCGAAUCCACGCCAGCAGUCUCAACUGCAGCCAGUUCACUCGAUACCAUUUGUGAAGGUCCCGCUUACUCUGGGGCUCGUGUCUAUUCUAUUGAGCUGGAGCGCGGGCCGAAGGGAUUCGGUUUUUCAUUGCGUGGAGGACAUGAUGAUUUUGAGCGGAUUCCUUUGUUCGUGUUGCGCAUAGCUGAAGGUGGAGUGGCCAGCAUGGACGGGCGAAUGCAGGUAAGAAUAGUGUGA